UACUGGGUUUUUCUUUGAUGGUCGGAUUCGAGUUUGGUCUUUACUCUUACAAAUUACAAUUACCGCAUAGUAUUAAUAAGACCAUUUAUGAAAUGUUCGGAACCCAUUUCUUUAGGACUGCUGCUGUUCUUCGUUUGAGACUUAUGUCGAUGCUAAGUGGCUUAUUUGGGCCGCCCAUUCAAGCCCAUAAAAUAAUGUAUAAAAUUACCUUUAAUACCCCCAGUUCUGAUAUGUUAUUACUAAUUUGCCAUUCCUUCGCUGCUUCACGGCGAAACACCCGGUUCGCACCCCAAAUCCCUCCUUAAAACCUCGACGCAGAGAGAGAGAGAGAGACAUACCGGAGAAAUGUUGAGGUCCACCGUCAGGGCCGCCUUCGGGAGUUUCAAAUCUCACCGGAGAACUUGGCUCCGAACUGAUACGACCAGCCAUUUUCCGGCGGAGCCUUCAGUCGCCGGGCGAACCCUACUACCGACCUUGGACCAUGUCCAGCGGUGUUUUUCUUCUUCCAAGUCCACGAAGGCUAACGUUAGCAAAGCGAAGAAGGCUGAUGGCAAAAAAUUUAAAUCCAAAGGUGGCGAUCCUGGUUCCGCCGGAGCUGAAGACGGCGAGUUUGGGUCGGCCGGAGGCGACGACCUCGAUGCUGCUCGCGCCCGGCGACUGGCCGAGGACGAGAUGAAUCCGUCUCUCGAUGUGGGUCCCAACGGGCGGCCUCUCUUCACAUCGAUAGCUACCCUUUCGGAGCUCUCGCCGAAGGAUGCUUGCUCCUACUUCAAAUUCAACGAGGCAACACUGAGAGGAGUGUUGCCGGAGGGAUUGCCUUCAGGAAUGGUAGAGGAGUUCAAGGAGUCAAUGAGGCCUGCAUUGCUUGUUAGAAAAAGUUUCCUGGCUCUGCGCGAUAAUUUCAGACGCAUUGUGGAUCCUCCCAUGUGGCCAAGUGACAGUAAAGGUUCAAAAAUCAGGAAACAGAUUGUCCUGGAUGGCCCUGUUAAGUGUGGAAAGAGUAUCGCUCUUGCAAUGCUUGUUCAUUGGGCACGUGAUGAGGGCUGGCUAGUUUUGUAUGCACCGAAAGGCCGUGAUUGGACUCAUGGAGGCUACUUCUAUAAGAAUCCACACACGGGUUUUUGGGACACGCCAUUACAAGCAGAGAAUGUUCUCAAGGAUUUUGUUAAGUUCAAUGAAUCACGCUUAAGGGAGCUUCCAUGCCAAAUAUCUGAUCCCAUUCCCCUCGGGGAGGGAACGGGUGUUGGAUUCAUGAAAGGAGCAGACACUAUGUUGAUUCCUGAGGGAUCAACUCUGUUUGACCUCAUGCAAAUGGGGAUUCAGACCACCCAUGCAGCUGUUGGUGUGGUGGUACGUCUGAGGAAAGAACUCUCACUCGUUAAAGACAUACCAGUGUUGAUUGCAAUCGAUCAAUAUAACAAUUGGUUUACAUUCAGUGAGUACGAGGAGCCUGUAACACCUCGAUCCUGUCGACCAAUACAUGCCAGAGAACUGACAAUGGUAAAUGCUUUCAGGAGUAUGAUGCAUGAUGACAUGAUGGUGGGUGCUUUCUCUCAUUCAACAGCGGUGGGAAAGCUACGGAAAGACUUGCCGGAUGUACCGCUCGAUGCACGCCUCAGUCUCCCUCGUUAUAGUCUGGAAGAAGCAGAAUCAGUCUGCCAUUACUACCUUCGGCAAAGAAUGGUGAGGAGGGAAGGAUUCUCGGAGGAAAGCUGGAAGAAGAUAUACUAUUUGUCUAAUGGGAACGGAGCUGAGAUGCGGUGGCUCUUCCCUUUCAUGACAUGAGAUGACCCCUUUUUUUUCUUUAACACAUUUCAGAGGUCUCAAAUGGUCAUGGUGUGAAAACAUUUCAUUUUCUUAAGAAUAAAAAAAAAGUUUGAAUUU